AUGUCCGUCCGCCCGCUCCGCUUGCCCCUCCUCAUCGGCCUCGGUACAGCGUCGAUCGCGUGCUCGCUCCCCAUCCGCCCCGCGCCGUACCGGUUCGACACGCGGGAUGUGCCGCGACCCCUCUCUCGCGACUACCACGGGAGGGAGGCAAGGGUCGGCGGGUUGGACCCGGAGACCAUGCGCCAACUGUCUGGGGGUUGCGUUACUGGCUUCGUGUCCGGACUAAUUGUCAGCACCUUCUCAAGGAUGCUAGUCCUGCUCCUCGGGCUCUCCGUGAUUCUUGUGCAAGUAGUUUCACAGUACGGCAUCGACCUGGUGCAGCAGCUGCGGCUGAAGCAGCGGGUCAGGAAUUCACGGAUACUUGCGGCCCUGGAAGAGGAACCCGCAUUCAAGUUAUCGUUCGGAAUUUUCUUUGCCAUGUCGGCGUUCAUGCGUUUCGAGUAG